AUGGAAGCGCCUGGCCCAACAAAGGCAAAUGAGGGCACCGAUAAGGGCCUCUCGAGCAGUGAAACACCUACGCGCAGUCGGUCGCCUUCCGAUACGAAUACAGACGAGCACAAUCGACGUCAUCAGGGCAGCGAUGAUGAUUCCCAAGACAGCAUUAGUGGAGAGGAGGAAGACGAUGAAAACGAGGAAGAAUUCGAUGAGGACGAGGAAGAUGAAGAGCCACGCCUCAAAUACGCAUAUCUCACCAAACAGCUCGGAUCAGUAUAUCGUAAGGGAGACGCGACCAGCACAUUCCUUGUUGCGGGGGACAAAAUGAUUAUGGGAACGCAUAACGGCUCUAUUCAUGUUCUCUCGUUACCCCUUCUGCAACCUCUCCGUACAUACAAUGCCCAUUCAGCAAGCGUGACUUCUAUAUCUAUAUCACCAUUCCCACCUCCACUGCAAAAUGCAAAAUUCGAUGCUGCUGCCAAACAGGCGGCAGAGGAUUCCCGUCCUCCUACCCGCACUUCCACCAGCUCGGGCAGCAUUCGAGGCCUGCCCAGGGGAGGUCAACCACCUAUCCCAGCCAUACCUUCAAAUUCAAUCUAUAUUGCAUCAGCAUCGAUCGAUGGAAAUGUAUGUAUCAGCUCGUUGGUGGACCCGAAGGACAUCCUCAAGCGCAACUUUGGUCGGCCUAUACAAGCAGUCGCACUUUCCCCAGACUAUAAGAAUGAUAGGACCUUUAUUUCCGGUGGACGUGCUGGGGAGCUGAUCCUAACUACGGGAGGUCGUAUUGGAGUCAGCUCUAAUGCUACUACAAUGGGCGGAGCCACUGCAGCGGCAUCAAGCUGGCUAGGCACGAUGGGAAUAGGCGGCAACGGUGGAAAAGACACAAUAUUGCACAGUGGAGAAGGCACUAUCAGUACGGUUAGGUGGUCCCUGACAGGAAAAUAUGUGGUCUGGGUUAAUGAAGAAGGCAUUAAAAUCAUGCGUUCUAAUCUACACCUGGAAUCGUCCGAGUUGGAGUUUGCCUGGAAGCGAAUCAGCCACAUUGAUCGGCCAAAUGGACCGGGCUGGGAGGAAAUGGCAAGCGUAUGGAAGGCGCGCGCUGAAUGGAUUGACCAGUCAGCGUUAGAUGACCAUGACAACCCUGAUUCACACACGGAUACGGGACAAUCAAAGAGGGUGUCUCCAGGAACCCCCCAGAAUAUCGAGAAGCUUGUUGUGGGAUGGGGAGGCACGGUUUGGGUCAUUGAUGUGUACCCAAACCGAGCAAGCAAACACUCUAAAGGGGAGAAAUAUGGCUCUGCAGAGGUCUCGACGAUCCUACGGACCGAUUGUGUAAUAUCCGGUAUUUCCUUAUAUACCCCUCGUCUUCUUGUUGUUCUCGCAUAUAUCGAGGCAGAGAACGAUCAAGAGAAUACAGACCAUCGGCAUCGCCAACGAGGCCAAGAGCCUGAAUUGCGUCUUAUCGACAUAGAAACCAAGGAAGAGCUUAGUGCGGACACGCUGACCGUCAAUCGUUUUGAGGGGCUGACUUCCAUGGACUAUCACCUCAGUGUUUUACCCCCAUGGAAAACUCCAGAGGGGCAGAUAGUCCAGCGUGGCGCUUUGGGUACUCUAGGUCAUGGCCUUCUGGAUGCUACGAUGUACUCUGCGCGGUUAUUUAGCUCUGGUGCUAGCAUUCGUAGCACCACAAGCACAGGCAGUGGAGAUAGGAUUUCUGCAAGAGUUCCGCCAUCUUUUAGCUCUCGACAAGUCUCCGCCGAUGAACCGCUUCCCAAGGAGAUACAAGAUGUCGCUACAGCUCCAGGCGCAAAAAUAUUCAUCCACAGCCCAUACGACUCAGUCGUUGCUGUCAAGAGGGAUCUCUCUGACCGAUUGACUUGGCUAGACUCCCGUGGUGAAUAUGAACAAGCAUGGAAUCUGCUUAACGAAAAUCCCGAGGCUGCAGGCUCGGCUCUGGACUUGAAAGAGGUUAUCUCAGGGUCUCUCGGGUCCCAGUCAAGCCUAGGAGAUUUUUUUGCGGAUGACCGAUCCUCGGCCAUGACUGCUGGUCGGGAUCAGGUCUCUGCUGUGGAUCAAGAAAAGGUUCGGCUUGGCGAACUUUGGAUUGAGCAGCUUAUCCAGGAGGAACGGUGGAACGAGGCCGCUGCGGUUUGUAGCAAGGUUCUCGACACUGGAUCCAGAUGGGAGCACUGGGCGUGGCAGUUCAUUAAAAAAGAGAAAGUGGACGAAAUCACGCCCAACGUCCCUACGGAUCUACAUCCAGCUCUACCUGCUGAGAUAUUUGAAGCGAUUCUCUGCUACUACAUCUCUCGAGAUCUAACACAAUUCAAAACUCUAAUUGAGAGAUGGCCAUCUGACCUAUUUGAUACAAACACUAUGACAUUGGCUAUCGAAGACCAGCUCAAGUCCAACUCAAAUGGCGACUCAGACUCUGAGGAGUGGAAAAUUCUGACAGAAUCUCUUGCGAAACUAUUUCUUGUCGGAGGCCAUUAUCGCGAGGCCUUGCAUCGCUAUAUUCAAUUACAAGAUGCUGAUGCAGCCAUGUCGCUGAUUAAAGAACAUCACUUGGUCGACGCAGUGUCUGAUAACAUUCCGGCAUUUAUCAUGAUUCGCAUCUCCAAAAAACAAAUGAAAUCAGCCCCGAAAUCAGAAUUGGAAGAACUGGCCGCGGAACCUAUUCAGCUGCUUGCGAGGGAAGCCUAUACGGGUAUUGUACUCCCCGAAACCGUGGUCCAGCAACUGAAUACCGCAAACCGUAUUCUUUUCGUCUAUUUCUACCUUCGGGCGCUAUGGCGCGGCGAGUUUCUUCCACAGGACACUUCGAAACCUCAAAGGGGCCGCGGAGCUCAUGCUCGAGAUGCAGCUAGCAAGUUAGCUGCAGAUGAAGGCAAAGCGCUGAUCGAUAGGUUUGCUGACACUGCCGUUGAGGUAUUUGCUGACUACGAUCGACCAUUGUUGAUGGAAUUUCUUCAAACGAGUAUUUCGUAUACAUUUGAAACGGCAACGACAAUAUGUGAACAACGUCACUUUAUCCCGGAAUUGAUUUUCUUGUUAUCCAAGAUGGGCCAGACCAAACGAGCCCUGAAUCUGAUAUUGUCAGAUCUGAAGGACGUCUCUCAAGCUAUCUCUUUUGCGAAGUCGCAAGAUGACCCCGACCUUUGGGAGGACCUUCUCGACUACUCCAUGGACAAACCCAAGUUUAUCCACGGACUUCUUGUUGAGGCUGGAACAUCAAUCGAUCCAAUCAAACUCGUGCGUCGGAUCCCGAGCGGCCUCGAGAUUGAAGGUCUACGAGAUGGUCUUACCCGAUUGAUCCGCGAGCAUGAUCUUCAAGCAAGCAUAAGCAAAGGAGCUGCACGUGUCAUGCAGGGUGAGGUUUCACUGGGGAUGGAUGCAUUACGCAAGGGUCAACGUCGUGGUAUCAAAUUCAACAUAUCUGAGGACAGUACAAAGGAGAAGGAUCCAGACUUGACACCGACAUUGAAGAGCCCCAACCCGGAUACUGAAUCGAUAUCCAGUAACUCUACCAAACGUGCUGGUGUUGGACCAGGUAGAUGCGGUGGGUGUCACGCUCUUUUCAAGCCGAACGAACGAGAAAUUCUUGUUGGUUUUGCAUGUGGGCAUGUUUUCCACCUAUCCCACUUGCACGAGGAAGGGUCACGACAGGAAUCUAGUACAGUCACUCCAGUGGAUCGUACACCCCGCCCCUCGUCUCCAGCAGAUGAGCCUUUCUCAUCAACGGCUUCUAGAACUGUGGGUCCAAAGGUUACAACGGCCCGCCUAUUACGGGACAAGGUUGGAGAUGGAUGCCGUAUUUGCGCAUUAACAAGAAAAAUCGAGUCUAUGGGUAACGAAGGGGAAUUGUGA